CCACGUGACUCUUGUUUUUCUUUCGCCUGUCCCUUCUCAUUCUGGAAAUUGUCAGGUCAUAACACCAAAUGUAGAGGAGCGGAGCUGCAGUUUUGUUGCUUUAACGCCUUCUGAGGAAAGAAGGUUGUAAGACAUUUAGCUGAAACGGAAACACACAGGCUGGUAUGACUUGUUAUGUUUUGUGAGGCCUUUAGGCUGCUUGUAUCGAGCUGUGUGCUAAGCUAGUUUGUACUGAGCAGGCAAGUCAAGCUUCUGACCGGUUCCGGUGUUUCUGCUGAAAGAGCGAGAUAAAUUAGCUUCCGUUGUAAUGACAAAAGAAACAUAGAUUUCUUUGGAUGCAUUGACUUCGUUGUCUUCUGAAACAGUAUGAAUCAUAGCUGGGCUCCAAACACUUGGCUGAAACUAGGUAGAGCAUCUUUUAUGUGGCAAACCCAGCCUGCAGUAUCACUUCCCAUGUCUGGUACCUUUCACUGUAGGAUCCAUGCCCAGCAGCCUGGCUCAUGCCCUGGUGGAUAUCUCAGCUUGAGGAGCUUCCUUCAUCCGAGGAUCAGAAGCAGAAAGUCAUGGAUCCUCAGAGCUAACAAUGUGAAACUUGGGCUCCACACCAGCUCCCUGUAUCUAAAGGCCUCAGCUUCACGCUGGUCUGCCGGGUUGAGUCAACACAUGUCACGAGUCAAGAGCACCCUGGACACGGUUUCUAAAGCUGUGAGUGGGACACACACAGACCUGCUGUCUAAAAUCUCCCGCCUCAGAUUGAAAAGUUUAAAAGCGAAGAAACAGACGGAGGUCAUUGCUGGGGACGAUGCAGUCGAGACAGCUGUUACCACCCUGCCUUCCACAUCUACGACACCUAAACCCAUAAUAGAAACUCCUGCUGCAUGUCCCGACUCUUCCUCCUCUGCUGCUGCUGUUCAUGCGUGUGCCAUUCCCUCCACUGCUCCUAAUGGUUCCAUCCAAGUGACCGUUCCUGCUACAGGUCUGUCUGUGACUGAAGAGAAGAACAUAAAGCUAAAACUUCUCGCUCUUGCAGUCAAAACUGGUUCUCCCAGAAAGUCUGAGGGGCUCCCGACGUCAACGUGUGACAAAGAGAGCAGGAGCAUAAUUCCCAAAGAUGUCCCUGCACUUUUCCAUCCCAGCACCUUUUCAGUCAACCUGGAUGAAACGUACUCCUCCCUAGCUCAUCACAUCAACUCCUAUUUCAGCAGCAGCACAAAAGCCCAGGACAAGAAAGGGGACAUCGUUGACUCCGCUUCCUUUCCGCACCAACAACACACAGACCUGUCUGACAAAACCAACCCAGAUGUUCCAGCUGCACAACCCUCCUCUAAGAUGAGUUUAGGACAGUACCUUUCCUACUCAGCUCCCACCGUGCAGGCGUUUGUUGGGAACUACAUCGACCCUCUUGUCCCCAAGUUCAGAGCCGGAGAGUCCAAAAGUGUGACGUUGGAUGAGAAGAUGCCUGAGGACAAGUCGGCCAAACAGGCUGAGGCCACAGUCAGUAAAGAGAUGGUGGCUGUAGAGGAAAAGGCCAAGAAACUUCUGCUCCAAAGGGAAAAGAUCAUUGCCAGAGUGAGUGUGGACAACCGGACCCGGGCUCUGGUCCAGGCGCUCCGCCGAGCGUCGGAUGUGAGGGUCUACAUCAGCAGGGUGGAGGACUUGAGCUACCACCUGUUGGAGUUUCCAGAGACUCAUGGUGUUGCCGUCAAGGAGCAGGUGGUCCCUUGCCUGCUGCGUCUGGAGCAGGCCAACGAUCCAGGUUUAAGGGCAGCAGUUAGAGAAGCUCUCACAUUAGUCGGUUACCAGAAACCCGUUAAAGGUCGAGGAGUACGGAUCUUGUCGAUAGAUGGAGGGGGUCUGAGGGGGCUUCUUGCUCUUCAGACGUUACACAAGCUGGAAGCUCUGACUGGCAAGCCCAUUUACCAGCUGUUUGACUAUAUUUGUGGUGUCAGCACAGGUGCUGUCAUAGGGUUCAUGCUAGGUCUGUUCCAAAUCCCGGUGACAGAGUGUGAUGAUCUCUACCGGAGGCUGGGCUCAGACAUCUUCAAACAGAACGUGAUCGUGGGAACCAUGAAGAUGAGCUGGAGUCACGCUUUCUACGACAGCGAAGCCUGGGAGAACAUCCUCAAAGAGAAAAUGGGCUCUCAGCUUUUGGUGGAGACUUCUAGAAACCCUGAAUGUCCCAAGGUGGCAGCGGUGAGCACCAUCGUGAACCGGGGCCUCCCUCUCAAGGCUUAUGUUUUUAGGAACUACAACCAGCUGCCUGGGGUGCGCUCACGCUACCUGGGGGGCUGCCAUCACCAGCUGUGGCAGGCCAUCCGUGCCACAUCAGCAGCUCCCGGGUAUUUCCAGGAGUUCAGACUGGGAAAUGAUCUCCACCAGGAUGGAGGCCUGCUGAUCAACAACCCAACAGCACUUGCCAUUCACGAGUGUAAGUGUUUGUGGCCCAACACGCCCCUGGAGUGUGUGGUCUCGCUCGGAACUGGUCGCUUCGAAACCACUGGCAAGAACAGCGCCACGUAUACAAGCCUCAGAACCAAGCUCACCAACGUCAUCAGCAGCGCCACAGACACUGAAGAGGUUCACGCCAUGCUCGACGCCUUCCUGCCUCGGGACACUUACUUCCGCUUCAACCCGUUUGUGAACGAAGACGUCUCCCUGGAUGAGAGCCGGCACGAAAAGCUCAACCUGCUGCAGGCCGAGGGCGUCCGCUACCUGGAGAGGAACGAGGAAAAACUAAACAAGGUUGCUCGCAUCCUCACUCAAGAGAAAAGCUCCGUCCAGAAGAUGUCUGAUUGGGCCAAGCUAAAGGCAGAUAUGUACAACGGUCUGUCCUCCAAGCUUUAGAUCCAGGAGGAGUCACAUCUCUUGCAUUCUUCUGUAGUUCUAAAUAAUUCAUGUUGCCACUAGUAUUGUGUCAAAGGUAAUGGUGGUUUUAGAACACUCUAACAAACGCUUGUUUUCCCUCACAAACACUCGGAUAACUUUAGUGUUGGCGUGCCAAAGCUUUGGCCCUUCCCAACUUUGGCAAGGAAGUGUAUCUGGUAACUAUUAGUGUGUAUGGGUGAUUCUAGCAAAGAUAACAUUUUAAAUGGCUUUUCAAUUGGAAAAUCUAAAGAUGAGGGCAAAUGAUCAUGUUGGCACAGGCAUCAAUAGGAAUUGUUCACAUUUUAGAGCAUUUUUCCCUCCUUCUUCCUUGCUGACAUGAGUAGAGUUGUACCAAGGGUCUAAAGUCUGUUUCAGCAGGAUUUGAGAAUAAAGAUUAAUACUGAUCUUUAAUAAUAUUUUUUUUACACGAUACACUGUUAAAUCACUGAACUCAACGUAACAAACAGCGUUUUUGUUAAAUGUGUUCAUCUUUAGGUACGUACCUUUGACGUGGUAAAAAUCUGCAUUUUUGUCUAAUCCAGGUGAAACUGAGGGGAUGUUGCUCAGUUGAUCUUGUUAAAAUUUGCACAUGAAAAAAGCAGCUACAGGUAAAUUGUACAUUUCUAAUGAAUAAAAUAACUAGAUGAAGACCCACUUCAGGGUUUGCAGUAUUAGAUGUGUAAUUUUAUUAUAAUUUUAAAAGUAAAGUAUGAUAUUUAAGAAGAAUUCAGACAGAGUUGAUCUGACAUGUUGCUUCAGACUUGGAUAUUUUUAAGUUCUGUUCUUUUAAACCUUUUGUUAUUUGGGUUUGCGGAUUUCCCCGAGGCCGUUUUCUGCUCUGUCUUCAGCUUUCUUUUGUCUUUUCUUUGAUGCCUUCACUCAGAAGCCUCCUUCACUUUUGCUGUUUCAGUUGUCACUCUCCUGCACUGUAAUGUUUGUUGAAAUGAUGCAGGUGCAUUGUUGAAGGAUGGUUUUUUAAAACGGAUUACCUUUCUUGUUGUCAACUUAUAGAAACAGUCUAUUUGCUGCUGAAAAUAGCACUGCAGACGUCCAUUUCCAGGCCUAACCGGGUUGAGUACUGUAUCCCCGACACAACGAUGUGCGAGUCUGUCCCAGAGGACUUGAAGUAAAAUGGUUACAGACCCAGAUUAAUGUAAUUCCACUGUUCUUCUGUUGGUCCUGUGUGAAGCCUGUUUGAGAAUGUCAUUAAAACGUUUCCUGAACCAUAA